AUGCAGCUGCAGCAGCGGCAGCUCCCCGGUGGCCCCAUGCCGGUGCCGCUCGUGGUGCCGGCUCUGGCUGUGCCGAGAUCCCGCUGGAAGGGGAUCCCAGCCAGGGACCACAUGGACACCAACCGGGGGAACCCCGGGCCGGGCUCCGACAGCGCCACGGGACGGAGGGAGAAACGCUCCCGCCUGAAAAAGCGCUCCGAUCCUGCGGCGCUCGUGCACCGCUGCACCCGUGGCUUCCCCCGCGGUGGCGCGGUCGCUCCCCCCGCGGCCCUCAGCUCCUGCGGCGCCGGCUUCUUUGGUUGCUCCCCCCACGGCACGCUUCGGUCGCUCCCGGCGCGGCUCCCGGGGCGGCGCGGCUCGGUUCCUGCAGCGGCGGCUUUGAUCCCGGGGCGGCGCGGCUCGGCUUUCGCGGCGGCGGUGCACCCAGCCAGCCUGGGCCAGGAAGGCAGCCGGAGAUGGAGCCAGAGCUCGGAGCUGGUACUCCAUGAGAAGCUCCAUGAUGGGGAGAAGCCCCACACGUGCUUGGAGUGUGGGAAGAGCUUCAGCUGGACCUCAAGCCUGAUCCUGCACCAGGUGAUCCACUCUGGUGAACGGCCCUAUGAGUGUGAGGAGUGUGGGAUGAUCUUCAGACGGCGCUCUCACCUGAUCAGGCACCAGGUGAUCCCCACCAGGGAGAAGCCCUACCAGUGUGGGCAAUGUGGGAAGAGCUUCAGCAGGAGCUCCGGCCUCAUUGAGCACCAGAGGACACACACUGGAGAGAGGCCGUACGAGUGUGAGUGUGGGAAGAGCUUCAAAAGGAGCUCCUACCUGAUCAGCCACCAGAUGAUCCACAAUGGGGAGAGGCCCUACGAGUGUUCCGAGUGUGGGAAGAGCUUCAGCCAUAGCUCCAGCCUGAGCCUGCACUAUCAGAUUCACACAGAGGAGAGGCCCUUCCGCUGCCCCGACUGUGGAAAGGGGUUCAUGCAGAACUCCGACCUCAUCAUCCAUCAGCGCAUCCACACUGGGGAGAGGCCCUAUGAGUGUCCCCAGUGUGGGAAGAGCUUCUCCAGCAGCUCUCACUUGACCCGACACCAACGGAGGCACCGUCCAAAAGCCAAGAGGGAUGGAUCUGUCACCUCAAAACCACUCAAAUCCCAGUGAAAACUGCUUGAUCUUACCCGGAAAGGAUUCAGGCCCACAUCAAAACGGUUUUUUCCCACCUCAAACAAACUCUACCUCUUUAAAAAUUCACUUGAUUCCACAGCCACUGACAUGGUUUAGAUGGAGUUGGGAAGAGAUUGGGAGAUGUGGGAUCUCAAUUUCAAGUGCUGGGAUCUCAAUUUCAAGUGCUAGGGACUGGGUGUGUGGGAUGUAUUUAUAGCAAAUAAAACUCCCAGACUUA